AUGAGAGUGUCUGGAAGUGCCAUGGGUCGAGGUCAUUGUUUGCAGUUUCUGUUUUACUGGGCUUUAGUUGGCUUUCCUCAAGGUAAUGUUGCUGUUGAACAUGUUCCUGUGCUGAUGUGGUCAACCUUCAGCUCCUUAAAGAAUAUGAAAAGUGCAACGUAUGAAGGACAAAUCAUUAAAAUCCAUGAGCUGCAAACAUUCUUGAAACCAAUUUUUAAACAGGAUUCUCAGAAUAUCAUUCUCUUUUUACAGAAUGAGCUUAGUGUCGAAGACUUCACAUGUUAUGGUCCUGAUUAUGGAAACAAAGAAAUAUUUUACAAUAUCCAGCAAUUGCUUGAAUCCUCAAACUCAUCCCUGAUUCUGCCAGCGGUUGAUCAGAGAGCCAUAAAACAUCUGCAGGAAAAUCAAAAUUGGACCAAAGUUCAAAUUGACCAAUUUGACGCAUCAAAACUGGAAAUAAAUCCUUCAAAACCAAACUUAAUCAUCAUAAAUUUAGCAGCAGUUGACAGCUCAACUUAUUCAAACUUGGCACAGACACUCAUGGAUAAUGUUCAAUUUCCAGAUAAAGUGAUUGGAAUGGUAAUCAAUACUUUGAGAAAGAAAGGACUACCAUUUUCUGGCAUUUAUACAGCUUUGAGAUCUAAUGUGGUUAUCAGAAAGACUAGCAAUGAAGUUGUUCAAACUGGACGGCGAUUAAUGACCACAGAUUCAAUUAGCUCUGUUCUGUACCCACCCUUGAAUGUAACAAAUGGUACAAAUACAUGCAUUCUUUUCCAUGCUACCAGUCUGCAACUAACAGCCAAUGGAACAUUGUUCGACUUGACCAAUAAAACUUUCAUAUCCAAUUCAGUGGACUCCACAAACUCGAUAUGUUCAACCACUAAUAGCACAUUAUCACUCAAGUAUUCACUUCAAAAAAAUCCUCUUCUCCACGUUAAUACUCUGGAGAUCAGGUUUUUAAUGAGGAACAAGUUCUACACUGGAUCUGCACGAAACUGGUUCAAAUUGGAUUUUGUUGAAAUUGUGCAGGAUGAGCUCCAUGUCGCAGUGUUUAAUGUGUCUGGUAUCUCAGCACCACAGGAGUAUUCCUUUCACUGUCAGCUUGUAGGAACCAGCUGGCUUAACGGUGUGACAUUCAUCCCUGCUAACAAGGCAGCUAAGGCUUGGACUAUCACCAUUUCUGAAUUUCAGAUUCAGGGUUUCAAUGUGGAGAAUAACCUAUUUUCUUAUGCAGUUGACUGUACCUCAUUCUUCACUCGUGCAAUCUGGAUGGCCCUAGUGACAUCUCUGGUUCUUUUGUGCAUCCUUACCUACGGCAUCCAUAUGAUCAUGCAGCUAACAACUAAUGAUCGCUUUGAUGAUCCUAAAGGACAAGCUCUAACAGUCCCUCAGAAUGACUAA